AUGGCCGAUGCUCCAGACCAGGAUACGCUAAUUGCACAAUUUUCCACGAUUGUUGGAACAUCUCCUGGACAGGCUCGCCAAUUCCUCGCUGCAAACGACUGGAAUCUCGAAACUGCCCUCGCAACCUAUUAUGCCGCCCAAGAUGACCAUGUCGAAGAUCCAGAUGAUGACUCGGACUAUAUCGACGACGAUGAACCAGCCACAUCCAACCAGUCUCACCCACAGUACGGUAGUGGUCGAAGAUUAGGGGAAGGCCCAUCAGAUCCCCAACCAAUCCCUGUUGCUCCUAUUUCAGCGUCCUCGUCCUCACAGCCGAAAAAAGAAUCAUCUGCACAGAAGAAGAAGUUUGCUACAUUGGGUGACUUUGGGUCAAGCGGUGCAAAUGGGGGUGACUCUGAUGACGAUGAAAAGCACGACCUUUUCGCCGGAGGGGAAAAGUCUGGUCUUGCGGUGCAGAAUCCGGAUGAUUUGAAGAAGAGGAUUUUAGAAAAGGCUCAAAAAACUGGCCCGCCGCCGAAAGACACGCCAGCCAAGAAGUCUUACUUCACUGGCUCUGCGCGCACAUUGGGGGGUGAUGACGCGCCCUCGCGAGAGAUUCCUGCACCCCCUCAGCCUAGAGGCAGAGCGGAGCGUGUCGAGCGUACUUUGCACUUCUGGCAAGAUGGGUUCAGCGUUGAUGACGGAGAUCUGUAUAGGAUUGAUGAUCCCCGAAACGCCGAGAUUCUCAAUCUGAUCCGACAGGGACGGGCGCCAUUGAACAUUAUGAAUGUCCAGCCGGGACAAGAAGUGGACGUCGAAAUCAAACAACAUGACGAGAAGUAUGUCAAGCCGAAGAGGAAGUCCCGACCGUUUGAUGGAUCAGGCCAUCGGUUGGGCAGUCCGACUCCUGGAGUGCAAUCCAUGCCUGGCACCUUCGCCAAAGAACCCGCCACACCAGCUGCGCCGGCCUCUCCUACAGUUGACAUCGACGAAACGAAGCCCACAGUGACGUUAAGAAUCAGCUUAGGAUCAGGCACGCGACUAACGUCUCGAUUCAACACGACUCAGACCAUUGGGGACGUUUACGACUUUGUGCGACGGGCCGAGCCAACUGGCAGGGACUUUGUGCUGCAGACUACAUUCCCCAGCACUGAGCUGACAGACAAGACAAAGAUUCUUGGGGACAUGGCAGAGUUCAAGAGAGGAGGUUCUGUGGUUCAAAAAUACAUCUGA